CAAGACACAAGUUCAGAACGCUAAAUUUAAAGAUUUACAGAUUUUUACAAUUCUCACUUUUGAAACUUAAUCGCGAUAACGAGGCUCCGGCAAAAAUCAUUUCCAUCACAGACAACGGAUUCCUCAACACGUGGACAGUUUUACAGGCAUUGUCAUCCCGAACGCUGAAACUUUACAUUCCGAACUAAACAAGAAAUUUCUCUUUAUUUGGAUGGUGACGGCGGUCUAUACUAUAUUUAACCUAAGUCAUCAAGUGAAAUUAGUUGCGAAGGAGGCCAGGCAAAGAGAUUGAAAACUCCUACCUAUGGCGUCUGUUCACAAAAGGACGAUUCGCUCUUUUACAUCGAUUGAGGAAUGAACUGUUUGGUGUACUGUGGACAAGCCAUUAAGCAUGGGACCUGAAGAGGCGCGCUGAGUUUAGCUAGUUGGGUCCUUCAACCCUGCUUACUUCAAGUUGAAUGUUGCACGCUUUGACGAGGACGCGCUAAUCCUCGCUCGCGUUCCUGGGCACAAUUGUUGAUUUUUCAUUCACCCGAUCAGCAAUUAAUGUCUGAUUUAUGAUGUUUCCUGUUUUAUCUUCUAGUGGGAAUGAUUCUGCUCCAUAUGGCUGACGGAAUACGCGAGUGGUCGUGGAACUAGAAGAUCCGACUGACGAAUAUAUCAACUUUUCCCUACGGUUGGAGGAUUUCAUUCGUGAAAGGAGCAAUGCGUUUGUACAGGAGGGAUAGUGCUAUGCUUAGAACAUUCUCCUGAGCUUCUCCGACGGAUGGUUAACGGAUACUUGUACAAGAGAGUCUCCCAAUUUUAUCAGCCGCCACCAUGAUGCAUGUAAAACUUACCAGGAUGUUCACGAAUGGCUUCAUCCCGACAUGCAUGAUUAUCGGAGGAAUGCUGGCACUGGUGGCUUGCAGUGAGCAGGAAUACCGACUAGUCCGAGACAUUCUGAAGACCUACGACAAGAGGAUUAAACCCUUCGUCAACGGCUCGGGUGCUUUGAACGUCACAAUGGGCGUGGCCCUGGCCCAGAUUAUUGACAUAGAUGAAAAGAAUCAAAUUAUGACAACAAAUUGCUGGAUAAAUCAGGGUUGGAUUGACAAAAAGUUGGCCUGGGUACCAGAGAAAUAUGGAAACAUCAGCGUAAUAAGAAUUCCAUAUGAUUCAAUAUGGCUGCCGGAUAUAGUACUGUACAAUACGGCGGAAGUGACAAGUAAGGAAAUGUCAAGCGUCAGCACCAAUGUCAUCGUGACGUCAGACGGCAACGUGACGUAUCUGUCAAUGGUCAUCUACAAAAGCUCCUGCUCCAUCGACGUCAAACACUUCCCCUUCGACGAACAAAACUGCAGUAUGGAGUUCUCGUCGUGGACGUACGACGCGACGUCUCUGAACAUCAUGAACGUCGGCGAGGAGGGAGACACGUCGAACUACAUCCCCAGCACGGAGUGGCACCUGGUCAAAUAUGUCCAGACCCGUGACCCUGUGUUGUUUUCCUGUUGUCCGGAGCCGUACAUCUUCAUGAAAUAUUUUGUCCUCAUCAAACGGAGGCCGCUGUUUUACUUGUUCAACAUGGUGAUGCCUUGCCUCCUCAUCACGAUGGUUGCUCUGCUGGGAUUCUAUAUGCCGAACGACUCUGGGGAGAAAAUUUCAAUGGGAAUAACCACGCUGCUAUCAAUGACAGUGUUUUUGAUGAUUGUAGCCGAACAGAUGCCCCCGACAUCGGAUUUAUUACCUUUAAUUGGUCUGUACUAUGGGAUUACUAUAGCGAUAGUGUCGUUCGCUACCGGCAUGACGGUGUUAACGCUCAACAUCCACCAUAAAGGAGCACGGGGCCAGGAGAUUCCACGGGUUGUCAAGAUCAUAUUUUUUAAUUAUCUCGCCAAAAUGAUGUUUAUUAAGAUAGACCUAGCGGAGUCACACAGUGCCCCUAUUGGGAUGCAUCAAGUUCCAACAACAGAUUACUAUGAUGUGUAUGAUGCAGAUAAACUGCCGAAAAAUGGCGGCCUUUCUCCGCGGUUCUCCCGGAAGUUGCCCACAGGGGGCGCUACAUCCGGCGGUGACAGCACGGAAAGACAGUUCAUGCGGGUUCUACAAAAGGUGUACCAGACAAUAGAGAAAAACGAAAUGCGAUUGGCUGAGCAAGACAGGCGUGAUCAGCUAAAGUUGGAAUGGCAACAGUUGGCUCUGGUUUUGGAUCGUCUUCUAAUGACAAUAUUUAUCAUUGUCACCGGAUGUACGACUGCAGGAAUAUUCCUUCCCUCUCCCCACUCAACAGCGUUUGGAAAUCCAUUCUGAAGGAAUUACGGGGAUUGUGUUGGACUUCCGGUCAAGGAUCAGGCAUUUCCAUACGUGUUGAUGUCUACUCGUUUGUGCUAGACAGUGAAGAAUAUGGUCGUCCUUUAUGUUACCAUGAUUUCCGAUGAAAUUAUGUUUAACAGAUAUCGUAUUGAUGGUCCUUGAAUUUCUGUUUGUGUGGAUUGUAUUUUCUGAACUAUGCACUACAUAGGAAAGUGUCCAGAAAGAUUUCUGUAAGGUCUUCACAGGAGGAACAGUUGUGCAUACUCUGAGAAACAUUCGUUACAUCGAAUGUAAAGUUGUUCUUGAAGACACUUUGUGUCGUCACCUGACCUCAGACCUCAGACCUCAGACCUCAGGUCUGGACCUGGCCUCAUUUGGUGUUUUGUUUACGUUGAAAGGAUUGAUGCUCUGCUGGUGGGGUAGAUUCCUUGGACAGCUCUUAAAAUACAUCCUGAUAUCCUGAUACUCCUCUGUAUAUCCUAUCCGUUAAGAAUUGAGUUUUUGGCACCGGAUACCUGUCUGGAUACAAAUUCCGUCGGGAAUCCAGAUCUCCGUCAGUUGAUGCCUUGAAGGAUACCUCACUACUGAGUAUGUAAAGUGUGGACGGAAUACUCCCUGUUUGGUCCUGUGGAGAUUUUCAGCUGGAGCUAGAUGGCGAGUGAGUCAUGGUACAGCGAUGAUUCGUCAGAUGUUAGUAAACAAGACGCACCAAUGUCACUGUGUCCAUCACUGCAAGGACGUGUGACGUCAGUGUUCUGCUGUAACACGGCGCCUCGUGGGGAAUAGAACAGCGCAAGAACAGGCCAGGUCAAGAAUGGAAUAUCCCUUCGAAAAGUAUUCUUGAAACCGCACAACAUAACUACAACAUGCUUGUAUAAAUUGUUUGGCAUAUCGUAAAUCAAGAGAUUUACACUUUCUUCCGAGUAACUGAGUUUGAGAUGUAUGUGUAUAUUUUAUUGCAUUUUCAUAGAUUUAUUCAAUCUUGUGUAUUGGUAUAUGUGGAGAAAAGGGAUUUAUGAUCCGUUGAUUUUUAAAUGUUCUAAAAAAUAUGCACAUAUAUGUAUGAUAUCUAUAUUGCAGCAUUUACAAGUUACAAGAAAAUGUUGUAUUUACAAUUAUUUCUCACCCCUUUAUUCUAUAUUGGUUGUCACCAUCGUCAGUUUGGUAGUUGUAUCCACCUGUAUUUGUUUAUUACAUCUACUCGUUCGUGGUGUAAUUACGGAUCCUGGAUAUCAAAUUAGGUGCUGACAUGAGAUGUGCGCGUGGAAAGCAAGAUUUACGUUUACUGUAUGAAAAUGUUAUUUGGUGUGGUCCGUGGAGGCUGAUUCAUUGUAAAAUAUAUUCAUACUUUUUAUAUAUAUAUUGCCCAAACUGACAGCAAUUACAAAACUGUUUCAUGUCCAUUUGUAUGGAAAAUAUGCAUUUUAUUGCUGCUGCAGUUGUGUUGUAGGGAUGUUGUGAUGACAUCCAGUGAUGUCUUUUGAUGAUGGCUCCAUUUUUCUGCUUUCAGUGAUCGUCUUUAUUAGCUUCUCCUUCAGAUUUAGAUGUAGCACAUGGCACAGUUUGACAAAUCUAUGAAAUAAUUUUUUAACUACAGAUCUUUUUGAAACGGAAGUUUGUUGGGAUGGGACACGAAUAUUUGACGUGGUGUGGUGUAGAGUCGAGACCGAGCUGGAAUCGUGUCUUGCCACAAGAGUCUACCUGUACAUAUAUGUUUCACUACCUCCAACAUGUUCCUCGGGCUAUCAAGGUGGCGUACGGGUGCCAGAGUAGGGUAUGCCAGAGUGGUUGCAUACUGGUGUCCCAGAUUGACGGGCGGAGUCUGACAAAGAUGAGAUCUCACAUUGGUGGGUGGAGCCUGACAACGUUGGGAUCUCGCAUUGGCGAAGUAAGGGAGGCUCAGUUGGGAUCUGACAUUAGUGGGUGUAGUCUGACAAAGUUCAGAUCUGACAUUGGUGGGCGUAGUCUGACAAAGUUCAGAUCUGACAUUGGUGGGCGUAGUCUGACAAAGUUCAGAUCUGACUUUGGUGGGUGGAGUCUGACACAACGUUGGGAUCUCCCAUUGGUGGGUGGAGUUUGACAAAGUUGGGAUCUCACAUUGGUGGGUGUAGUCUGACAACGUUGGGAUCUCCCAUUGGUGGGUGGAAUUUGACAGAG